AUGAGAUUCCAGCAGCCCGAGCUGUCCAUGGCGUACCACCCUUUCCUGCUGCAGCGCCCCACCGACUUCAGCGUGAGCUCGCUGCUGACGGCGGCCGGGGGCGGGGCCGGGGGCGGCGCCGGGGGAGGGGCCGGCGCGCAGCCCGACGCGGGCGGCGACCCGGGCGCCUCCUCCUCCUCGGCGGCGGCGGCGGCGGCGGCGGCGGCGGCGCACCACCAGUACCUGGCGGCCGCCGGCUGCUACCCGGGCACGCUCAUCCCCAAGAUGCCGCCGCACCACCUGCCCCCGGCGCACGCCUACACCACGGCGGAGGACGUGGUGCUGGCGGCGGCGGCGGCGGCGCACCACCACCACCCGGCCUUGGUGCGGCCGCUGCGCGCCAUCCAGCCCGAGGACGACGGCGUGGUGGACGACCCCAAGGUCACGCUGGAGGGCAAGGAGCUGUGGGAGAAGUUCCACAAGCUGGGCACGGAGAUGGUGAUCACCAAGUCUGGCAGGCGCAUGUUCCCAGCCUACAAAGUUCGUGUAACAGGACUCGAUAAUAAGGCCAAAUACAUCCUUCUUAUGGACAUCGUUGCAGCCGACGACUGCAGAUAUAAAUUCCACAACAGUCGAUGGAUGGUUGCAGGAAAGGCCGAUCCCGAAAUGCCAAAAAGGAUGUACAUCCAUCCUGACUCGCCUUCGACAGGCGAGCAAUGGAUGCAGAAGGUUGUCUCAUUCCAUAAGCUCAAGCUCACCAACAAUAUUUCAGACAAGCACGGCUUUACUAUCCUGAACUCCAUGCACAAAUACCAGCCUAGGUUUCACCUGGUCCGAGCAAACGACAUCUUAAAACUACCUUACAGCACAUUCAGGACUUAUGUUUUCAAAGAGACUGAAUUCAUCGCAGUUACCGCCUACCAAAACGAAAAGAUAACGCAAUUAAAAAUCGAUAACAACCCAUUCGCAAAAGGUUUCAGGGACACGGGUGCUGGCAAGCGAGAGAAAAAAAGACAGGCGCUGUUGGCGGCGCAGCGACACCAGGACGAGCAGAGACUGGUGGAGCACCACGGCAAGUCCGGCGGCGGCAGUCAGCACCGGGCCGAGCCCGACGAUGACAAGCUGCUCGACGUGGUGGGCACCUCGGACAGCCCGCUGCACCCCAACAACCUGACGGCGCACCACCUGGCGGCGCACCACCACCCUCACACGGGCCCCGCGCCGGCGCCGCCCGACCUCCGCCUGCAGCCGCCCGACGACUCGGAGCGCGACGCCAGCGACAGCAGCUGCUCCGAGUCGGCGGCGUCGACGGCGUUCCGGCCGGCCGGCGCCGCCUCGCCGCUGGCCGCGGGCCCCUCGUCGCAGCCGCACCAGGCCGACUACCCCGCACCCAACAUCUCCGUCGGCCCGCCCAUCCACCCGCCGCCGCACCUGCUGCCCUACCUCUACCCGCACGGCCUCUACCCCGGCCCGCCGCUGUCGCUGCCCGCCAUGAGCCCCGGCCUGCUGUUCAACGCGCAGCUGGCCCUGGCGGCGCAGCACCCGGCGCUGUUCGGCCACUACGCCGCCGGCCUGCACCCGCACCACCACUCGCCGCCGCCGCUGCACCACCAGCUGAAGGCGGCCGCCGCCGCUGCGCACCGCUUCGCGCCCUACAGCCUGCCGGCGGCGGCCAACUCGCUGGGCGGCUCGCUGCUCGGCUCCGCCUUCGAGACGGUGACGCCCGGGUCGCUGCUCAACCACCAGCCCCACCAGCCCCACCAGCCCCACCACCACCACCACCACCAGCCCCAGCACCACCGCAGCCUGAGCACCAGCCCCAAGGCGCUGGCCGGCACGCCGCCGCCGCCGCGGCCCCAGUCCUCGUCGCCCGUGGCGCGCGCCGCCACGGCCAGCGCCAGCGAGCUCAAGAGCAUCGAGAAGAUGGUGAACGGGCUGGACGUGAAGCAGGGGGGCGAGCUGAGUGCCGGGAGUGAAGAGAAGUGA